AUGGGCCACUUGGAUAGGGGUGCGGAGAGUCUUGGGGCCAGGAUUCUUGGAGUUGUAUCCAAAUCGGGCUCCAUUGUUCCAGGACCAAUCAACGUAGGGCUUGAGCUUCUUGUAGAAAAGAAAAAAGAAAAACGAAAAGCACCAAACCGAUCGGAACUUGCAAACGGUCUUUGUAGCCUAAGUACUAGAGUCUACGUAGAACUUGCUGAAGUUUUUAUCAAUUCAACGGCAUUUCACUGUUUUACAAUUGGGAAGUCUACAUCAUUGAAGGUUGUCUCAACGACUGCCAACAAGGCGGGCGGGUCCACACCCAAAUCGGUUUCUGUCGCCAAAAAGAGGGGAAAGAAAAGAUUGGAAAAUGCAUCUGCAGUUGAUUUACGUCAACCUAAGGAUAGGGAUCCUAGUGUCAACAAUGAGUCGGAGAUUCAAGAGCUGAUCGCAUCUCUUCCACCACUGAUCGACUUUGGGUUAUCGACUCACCACUUGAUUGCUAUCGGCUACAACUAUAAUUCAACUAAGAUUUUGUUUGGCAACUCCAUUUUCAAUCAAUGGAUGGAAAAUCAUAAUGAUCGGUGGACCCAAGCGCUCCCAAGGUUUGACAGCCAGUUUAAGGACCUCUACGCUAAUUAUUCAGUUGAAGUCAGGGUUAACAUGCUAUUCGCUCAAUAUGCGAACGAUUGGCGGCGAGUGUUGAAAUUCCUAAUUUCGCUUUUUGACGAUGACGCUUUGGGAAAGGUGGAAAAAAAUACAGAAUACACAUGGGGAGUGAGAGCAAUUGCAUUGCAAGUCGCCCAGCAGAUUCCGUUUUCCUUUUUUGAUGUUGGCCUUGUGAACGAUUCCAAAGUGCCACAAGAAGAUCUUUAUUUUUUGAGGGACGAUCGGUCGAAUCCCGCCCUACGAAAUGAGACUCCUCUGGUGCAGUUUUGGCUGAUGUGCGCUUCCAUAUUCGAUCACCCAUGGACGAUGCUUUUUGACGAAUUUCUCGAGGAAUCCCCAAUCUCUUGCAUUCAAGAAAUAAAAUUGAAGGUGAUUGAGGGAUUUCCCAAUGACGAAACUAGUAAGGUGGACAUCCACAAGGGGGUCAAAAAGAUAUUUGAUCGAGAUUACGAAGAUUCUGAGGAGGAAGACGACCCGAUGGGCGACGAGGAUACUGGCCUUGUCAAUAAAAUCGGCCAACCCGAUGGGUGA